UUGUGUGAGUCAUGGUGGAAAAUUCGAGGCAAGCGUACCGAUGCGCAAAGAACAAGCAUAAGCGAAGAAGAUAAAGAUAUCGAUUAAAAUUUCUGCUACAAAAAUAAAUAUAUAUGUAACGCAUAUUGUAAAUGUCCUAAGUUAAGUGAUAUAAAUCAAAUAUUUGUGUAAAGUUUAAUAUUUUAAUACGCGUCGAAGUACAACGAGUGAGGCUACAGAAAAGCACACACUAAAGUGAAGUACUUGGCGAGCGAAAAUAACGGAAAUCGAAUUCGAAAUAAACGCUGCGCAAUAGACGGUGGUGUACAUAAGAGUUUAACAAAAUCCGAAUCAGAAUCAGUUGAAAGUGUGAUUUUUUUGAGCCUUUGUCUGUAAGUGAAGAGAAAGCUUUAAGCGGAAUUACAUCUAUAUAUAUAUAAAUAUAUAAAUACGAAGCCAGCCCGUCGCCAUUUUGAAAGUGAUUUUACAAUACACACACACACGUAUAUACACAGCUGCGAACACAUACACAUAUAACCCCAUAUAAAAUCCGAAUUAAAGAGCAUAAAAAAAACGCAAAACAAACCAAUUCCCGCAACAUUUUAAAGUGAAACAUCUAGAUCAAGGCAACUUUUAACCCAAACUCAACCCAUUUUGUAUAUAACGCUUGUCGAAAUAUCGGAAUCUGUAUAACGAAGUGGCUGAGAAAACUGCGACACACACACGCACGCACGCUCGUUGGUGUGAGAAGGUCUACGGCAAAAAAGAUCAGCACGGCUUGGAAUGCGAAAGCAGCAGUUGAAUCAGCGAAGAACAGAGAAGAGUUUGCGAAAUUAUAGCUAAGGAUAGCUUAACCGGAGUAAAAGAGAUAAAUCAACAGACUGAUAAACAAUACAUAACGUUACAAGUAAAACUAAAUAAAGUAAAGUAAACAGCAGCUGUACAUAAAACAUAAAGGCGAGACCCAGAACCAGGAGAAGUGGAAAAGCAGCUACGUGCUCGGCCGCCCGUCGCCCUUUUCGUUUCCAUUUUGGAGGUCAUCUCAACUUCGGCGACUAUCAGCAACCAAAGAAAACAGAGCGGCGCAGCUAGAUCAACAUCUCAAUAGCAAUAGUAGCAGAAGCAGAAGGCGUUUGGUUUCGAUUUAUAAAGAAUUGAUUUAAGUGCGUGUGAUAUUUAACGUUAAGCAUUAAUUUAGCGAAUUAACCAAAAACAAAAAGGCAAAACAGCAGAAAUUUUAAUAAGAGGAAAGUGAUCCAGAGAGAUUAAGAGAAGAGGAGAGCAGAGCAGAGAUAUCGAUCCAGAGAUCGUAAAGCGACGAAAUUACUAUGACAUACUCGCACAAUAGCGUUAGGAACAACAUCAGAAUGACAACCGCAUCGGCCACCAAGUCCAUACGAUUAAAAAAGGGAGCAGCAUCAGCGACCUCCGCAUCCAACUCAUCCACCCCCUCGCCCACAUCCGCACCCGUCUCCCCCACAUCCGUAUCCGCAUCCGCACCAGCAACGCCCUUGGUAACUGCACAUUCCAACAGUAUUGCCAGCAGUACAAAUAACGCCCCUUUCCUGAGCUCCUCGCCCACGAGUCUCGGUCUUGGCCUGGGUCUAUCCGCCCUUGCCACGCCCCCCAACCAGAGGCAGCGGCAACUCCAGUCCCAAUCCCAGUCGACCGGAUCCAAGAGCAAGCAUCAGCAGUCGCAGCAGCGCCAGUCGCCGCAGCAGCAGCAGGGCGGUGGAGGCUUCUUCUUUGCCAACAACAACCGGAGAAACGGAGGAGGUCGUUCGCCCCAGGGAGCUAUGCAGGUGCGACAGUCACCGGCCACCAUUUUGGGUGGAGGCUUCUCGCCGGGAAUCGUCGGAGGAUCGGCUCGCAAGCAGAGGAAGAGCCCCUCGUUGGGCGGAAAGAUAUCGCCUCAGCACCAGAUGCAGCAGCAGCAGCACCCACUCAUACCCACCGCACUGACGCAUUUCGCGGGCAGCAAGUGCUUCGAUGCACCAGCUCCAACGGCGCUGCCCAAGCCUCCCCAGCACUGGACACUGUCCAGGUCGGAGGGUAAGCUUCCCAUGACGAUGCCGUCGAUGCCCAAGUUCCAGGUGCCGAUGCAGACGGGCCGCUCGAAGCGGAAUCUCCUCGAUGACUUCGACACGCACAACCUGAAGUGCUGCUCAAUGUGCAGUCGUAACCACACUGGUGCUGGAGGAUCAGUGUCUGGAGCAGGGAGGCAGGAAGAGUCUGGAUCUAGAGCUGGAUCUGAAGAUGGAUCUGGAGGACCGACAUGAAUGGCUAGAACACCCGGUGGACCCCGAACCCGUCAAUGAGUUGCAAAAAAAUCGAAAUGAACAUAAAACCAACAAAAAAAAAUUAACAAAAACAUAAAACAAAAAAUGGAAAAUGAAAAAACCUUUACAAAAAAAGCGAAAACAUUUCAACUGGAAAUUUGAACUUUUUUAAACAAAAACAAAAAAAAACAAGAGUAAUGUUUGUGAUCUCAAGUGUGUAUCAUAAAACAAUUAAACCAAUUUGAGAAGCUAUAAAGGGAGAAAAGAAAAACUGUUUCAAGGAAAACUGAAAGUAAACAGACUACAAACACACAAACAACUGUCCUCACACAACCGACCGACAAAUGAACAUCAACAACGACAAUGAGAACAAAUAAACACAGCGAAAAAGAUGCAAAAUUCCCCUCUAUAUAGACAAACCCACAAUCUCCACUGUCAACUUCAAUGCGCAAACUUUAUUGAGACAGCCAAUCGACAAACUGCAACCAGUACAACACCCAAUGGAAGCCUGGCUAAAAUAGAAGGAAAACCAAAUGGAAAGAGGACUUAAACUAAACGGAGGAAAAACCGAGCAGAGGAAGGAGAACUUUAUAUGUCUAACAACGGAUACUUCACAACUGAACAUUGUUUUAAACGUGAUACGCAAAUAGACUUGAAAAUUAAUUAAUAAGUAAAAUUAUAAAUAUAAUAAUAUUUAUGAGUAAUUCAAAAAUGGACGCUAGAAGCGCAACAUAACGUACAGUUUAUGUUUAUCCCCCGAAAAGCGGACAAAAUGUGCAACGUACCUUAAAUGUUGAUAAAGAAUAAAUGCAAAGGGCAGCAAAAGCUAUCAGAGUAUAUUCAAGAGACACGAUAAUACCUACUAACUGAUAAUAAUAAUAAUGCAACUACUAUAAAUCGUAUACCCACCAAAUCACAAAGACUAAUUCAAACAAAAACUCAACGACAACAACUCAACGCAGCCGCCGCAGCAGAGCAGCAGCAGAGCCGCAGCGCAAAAUGCAUUCAACUUGCCUAUGAAAAGCAAAUCAACAUCUGUAACUCUCCUCUACCUUAAGAUAAAUUGAUCCACUAUUGUAUUGUAAUUUUGACCAACCUAGAUACUUCCAUUACUUUUAGUUUUACGUCGCGCGAGAGAGAAGCAAUUGCCCAAAAAAACUGAGCUACAUAUGCGAACUGCGAACAUGUUUAAUUAUUCUUAAUGUGUAAUUGCAAAAUGGCUUUAAAAAAUUCUAAUUUAAACAUUCUUGAAUUGUACAUAGAAGGGAACAACGCUAAAAUGUUCAAAUAAAAUUUUCUAAAAACGAGAAAUCGAUAAACAAUAAGAAUAAGAUCAUCAUAAGAUGAGCACUUGUAAAUGUGUUAGCACGCAAUUGGCGCAAGCAAGAUUUUAUUUAUUCCAAAAUAUGUUUGAUCUUGCGCCGAGCGGAAACAAUUGUGAAAACAACUAAAAACUAUAUAAGUUGCAAUCCCCAAAAGCGAUGGCUUUACGAGAGAGGAAAAGAUAUAGAUAUCGCGAGAUGAGGAAGAAAUGAAACUACUUUAUGUAAACUAUUCGUUGAUGCUCAAUACUGAAACACUUGAACCCAGUACCUUAUUUUCAUUAUUAGCAUUACUUAUUAAUUGUUAACAUUAAUAUGUAUGUAAAUUAUUUAAGCUACACCCCCUCCCACACUUCCCGAUCCCCAGCCAAUCCAAAGUUAUUUGUAUUUUGCGUAGAAAGAGGCAGCGUGAGUUUUGUUAUGUGUUUUUGCCAACUGAAUUGGCACCGAAGUGAUAAGCCAAAAACAAAAAGAACCCCAAAACGUAAUUGAUAGAGGAAAACCCCAGAAAUAAGAACGCACUUGAGUUUUGUUUACGCAUAUUGUUUAACUUCCUGAACCAGCUAAAUUAUGAAACGAGAAA